GACGUUCAGAGGAACAGCGAGAGGACAAACAGCGACAUGGCAGAAGAAGCUCCAGCUGCUGCGCCGGCCAAAGCCCCGGCCAAAGCUCCCAGGAAGAAGCCCGCUCCGAAAGCAAAGAAGGAAGGACCCAACAUCCAGAAGCUCAUCGUGUCCGCCGUGGCAGACUGCAAGGAGCGGAAAGGAGUGUCUCUGGCUGCGCUCAAGAAGGUGCUGGCCGGGAAAGGAGUGGAUGUGAGCAAGGCUAACAAACGCAUCAACACCGCCGUCACCAAGCUGGUCACCCAGGGCACCCUGAGCCAGACCAAAGGCACCGGUGCCUCUGGAUCCUUCAAGCUCGCUAAGAAGGAGCCUGCAGCCGCCAAACCAGCUAAGAAGGUGGUGAAGAAGGCUCCUGCCAAAGCCAAGAAGCCCGCUGCCAAGAAGACCACGGCAGCCAAGAAACCUGCUGCUAAGAAGCCAAAGGCAGUGAAGAAGUCCCCCAAGAAGACACCGGUCAAGAAGGCAGUAAAGAAGGUGACCAAGAGCCCCAAGAAGGUCGCUCCUAAGAAGCCAAAGGCUGCAAAGAAGCCUGCAGUCAAGAAAACUGGUGCCAAAAAACCUGCUGCAAAGAAGGCCAAGAAGUAAACGUCUUCAUCAGCCCUUCAUCCUGCACUCAGUGCAACAAAGGCUCUUUUCAGAGCCAACACACUCCACUGGAGAGCUGCACUCCCUGAUGUUUCAUCAAGAUGAACAUUAAUGUUUACUCAGGU